CAGUUAAUUCACAGUAAAGUAGUGGACACUUCUAUCGUAUUUCCCCACCGACUGGGCCCUCCUUACAAGAGAGCACUGCGCAAUCUCAUGGCAGAUUACCUUAAAAAAAUUAUUCAGGAUAGUGGUGAGCUGUGAAAAUUACUUUUAAAUGACAAACGUACCGUAAAUCCUCUAUUAAGCCCCCCGGGGAGCUUACUUAUUUCAAAUGCAUUUAAGGGGGGUUGGGUUUAAUAGAGACGAGGGGCUUAUUUAAUUUGGCAAAGACGAUGGUAUUAGUUCUCCAUAAAGAACUAGAAUUAGACUGCGAGCGGUCUCUUAUUUUUCUUUGGAGGUACCCAGUAAUUUGCAUAAUUUUAACUUUUCGCUCAAGACGUUGAAGGUCAUGCGCGCAGCAAAAACGAGUCCAUUUGGUGAAGAAACCAUCCUGGACUAGUCCACACGAAGUUUUACAGUCGUGAUUGGUUAAUACAGUCAAACAUUUAUUAGUUAAGAAUGAUAAGGGGGAGGGGGGCUUAUUAACUUUCUUCUCCUGAAAAGGGAGACUUAUUUGAGAGGGGUGGAGUAAUAGAGGAUUUACGGUAAGCUUGGUGACAAAGAUAUAUGUCUGUUAAGCAUCUUAUUUUCACUUGCAAACAAUAGUGACUGACUUUGAAAACUGUCAGGCUGAACAGUUUUAAAAGCCCGGAAGCAAUCCGUUAUAAAAAUUACAGCCUCGUGGAAUAGAAAUAUGUCUCCUAAGCAUUUUACUGGAAAUUGUUAACAACAGUGAUGAACUUUGCAAAGUUUAUGGCUGAGAAAGGCAAGUUUCAAAACUCCGACUAAGAUCGUUUUUAAUCUUCAAUUUUGCCCACCCCUGCCUUUCUUUUGUAUUUGCUCUGUUCUUUAACCUCCCUUCAAUGCUGUAAGCGAAUAUUUGAGCGUUUCAGUCAAUAAGGUGACCAGUUCCGAACUUCCCACUAUCCAUGUUAGGUUAACGUUCGUAACACAGCUCCUUUAACCAAAAAGUUUGAGCACAGAGCGUGCACUAACUGGAGACCACGUACUGUUGUAUUUUAGUCGAGGGACACGACAGCCAUGAAGAUGCCAGAGCCUGUUUAGAACUGAUGAGAUGGAAA